AUGUCGAACCAGUCGAUCCUUCGGAUUACCCGCGAACUCCACGAAAUCCAGAAAGGCUCUGACCUCUCGCUUGCCGUUGCCUGCCGUGACGUCGACGUACGCCAUGUUCGCGCGCUCAUCAUUGGCCCACCAGACACGCCUUACGAGUUUGGCUUCUUCGAGUUCACUGUCAAGUUCGGUAGAGAUUACCCCACGAAGGCGCCGAGCGUGUUGGCAAUUACCACCAACGGAGGACGGACGCGCUUCAACCCUAACAUAUACGCUGCUGGCAAGGUGUGCUUGUCAAUCCUUGGCACGUGGCGUGGUGAGCGAGGGGAGGAGUGGUCGUCUGCCCAGGGACUCGAGUCGAUCCUCAUCUCUAUCCAGAGCCUGAUGUCCAGCAAUCCCUACGAGAACGAACCUGGCUUCGAAGACGCGAAUUCAGACUACGACAAGAAGAACCAGGAGGCGUACGUGGACAAGAUUCGCCACGAGUCACUGCGUGUAUCUGUCAUUGAGCGACUGGAGGAGUACCUGAACAUCAACCGAGAAAGACCCGCUGUUACUGUCUACAACGCAGAAGAAGACUACCAGUCAGGCCGGGAAGAUGCUCCCUUUGAGCCAUUCAAGGACCUGUGCAAGCGUCGGUUUCUCUGGUACUACCGCUCGUACAUGGCCACCAUUGACGAGGCUGCCACAAAGCACAAGGACGGUGACCGCUUCGAGAAGAUGCCGUUUGAGGGCCCGGGCAAUACCAUGGAGGGCACCUACCAAUACACUGCGCUUAAAGCGCGACUUUGCACCAUCUAUGCGGCUUUGAACCAGGAAACGGAAGGUUGGGCCCUAGAGGGCUUAGCAGCUGUUCAGAAAGAGGCGAGCAUUGCUAGCAACCUGCAGCGCCAGUUCGAGCAAAUCGUGGAGAAGUACAAAAAGAACGACUCUGUUACGCUUGACCUCGACCUUGUGGACAAGAACCCUUUUGUCUGGCAGCUGGUUCUCUUCGGUCGACCCAUGACGAAUCUAGACGGCGGAAUGUUCAGGAUUAUACUGUACAUCAGCCCCAGAUGGCCAGACGUACUGCCUCGUGUGCGCUUCGAGACUCCGAUCUUUCACCACCGUGUCUCUCCUGAUGGAAUUCUUUGCUACGACGCAGCGAACAAGAACGAUAUGCGCUCCCAUGUCGAGGCCAUCAUUGGAGCCGUCGAGGAGGAGUCACCAGCCUACGAUCCACGCACGCUCGUCAAUCCCGAAGCUGCCAAGCUAUUCUGGGGUACCCCUGACGAGAAGAAGCUGUACAACCGCCGUCUGAGGCGUACUGUACAGGACAGUGCUGAGAACUGCUUUUGA